AUGCCACCCAAGACCAAACAGAAAGGGAGGAAAGCCGGCGUGCAGAAGAAGAAAAAGAGCCCAGGACCAGAUGUGGAGGCCAAGUCCAAGCACAGACAGCUGGUGCUGGAGACGGAGCUGCUCAGAGACCGGCUGGCUCUACAGGGGGAAGGGGCCCGUCAAGCCAAGGCUUCUGAAGAAAGGCUGAAGCAGAGGUUGCAAGAGUUGGAGGCUGAACUGGAAGAGGCCCGCAGCGAGGGGAAGGCCGUAUAUGCAGAGAUGAGUCGCCGGUGCAGGGCCCUGCAGGAGCAGAUGGAGAGACGCAGCAAGCAGCUGGAGGAGGAAGUGAGGGGCCUCCGCAAGCAGCUGGAGACUUGCCAGAGGGAGGCUGAGGCUGCACAGGGGGAGGCUGCGCGGGCCCUCGGAGAGCGGGACCACACCUUGGCUCAGCUUCGGGCCCACGUGGCCGGCAUGGAAGCCAAGUACGAGGACAUCUUACAUGGCAGCCUGGACCGGCUCCUGGCCAAGCUGAGGGCCACCCAGCCCCAGUGGGACGAGGCCGCGCUGAGACUCCAUGCCAGGCACAAGGAGCAGCUGCGCCAGCUUGGACUCAACCCCCUGGAUCUUUGA